AUGGGAUCCUCUGACAUCGAGACGGCCGAUGCCGCCCAGGACGUCAAGACCUUGUCCCCCGUCGAGGACGUCACAAGCCACGCCACCGGCGCCGCCGUGCUCGUCAACCUCACCGACGAGCAGAACAAGCGCAUCCGCCGCAAGACCGACAAGGUCAUCCUGGCCCUCCUGACCUGGGUCUACUUUUUGCAGGUCUUUGACAAGGCCGUGCUGUCCACCAGCGCCCUCUUUGGCCUGCAGGCCGACACCGGCCUCACCGGCAACCAGUACUCGCUCGUCAGCUCCAUCUCUGCCAUCGCCCAGCUCGCCUGGCAGCCCUUCUCGGCCAUGCUCAUCGUCAAGGUGCCGCCGCGGAUCCUGAUGCCCGCCAUGACCCUGGGCUGGGGCAUCGCCGAGGCUAGCAUUGCCAGCUGCAAGAGCUUCCCGAGCCUGCUGGCCGCUCGCUUCUUCCUGGGCCUCUUCGAGGCCGGCUGCCUGCCGCUGUUUACCUACAUGACGUCCCUGUGGUAUCGGCGGUCCGAGCAGCCCGUGCGCAUUGCCAUCUGGAACGGCAUGAACGGCGUCGCCACCAUGGCCGCCGCUGCCAUUUCCUACGGCCUCGGCCACAUCCAGUCGGAUCUGCUGCGUCCAUGGCAAAUCAUCUUCCUCUUUGCUGGCCUGCUGACCAUCGUCUCGGCCCCCAUCGUCUACUGGAAGCUCGACAACGACAUCUCCGAGGCCCGGUUCCUGUCGGAGGAAGAGCGCAUCCAGGGCGUCGAGCGCCUCCGCGUCAACCAGACGGGUGAGAUCAACCACGCCUUCAAGUGGCACCAGGUCCUCGAGGUCGCCCUCGAGCCCAAGUCGUGGCUCUGGGUCGCCAUGAUCAUCUUGCCCAACAUGGCCUCGGGCAUGACCAGCGCCUUUGGCACCCUCAUCAUCCAGGGCUUCGGCUUCGACAAGUUCCAGACCUCGCUGCUCAACAUCCCCUUUGGCUUCAUGCAGCUCGUCAUCAUCCUGCUGUCCUGCUGGGCCGCCCAGAAGGCCAAGAUCAAGUCCGCCGUCAUCGUCGCCUUCACCAUCCCCGCCAUCGCCGGCACCGCCAUGCUCUACGCCGUGCCCCGCACCCACUCGUCCCAGCCCGCCCUGCUCGUCGCCUACUACCUCUGCGCCUUCCUCUUCGCCGCCAACCCCCUGAUCCUGUCGUGGGCCAUUGCCAACACCGCCGGCGCCACCAAGAAGUCCUCCAUGCUGUCCGUCGUCCAGGCCGGCGUCUCCGCCGGCGCCCUCUCCGGCCCGCUGCUGUUCAAUGCCAACCAGGCCCCCUACUACAAGCCCGGCAUCCGCGCCGUCCUCGGCAUCUUCAUUGCCCUCAUCGCCGCCUGCUGCUUCCAGGUCGCCAACCUGCUCUUCCUCAACCGCCAGAAGCGCAAGCAGCGCAUCGCCGCCGGCAAGUCGGCCGACGUCGUCGACGCCUCCAUGCAGAGCAAGGUCGUCAUCAGCAAGGGCCAGGAGCAGCAGCUCGACGAGGUGGCCAAGCUGGAUCUGACGGACAAGCAGAACGACCAGUUUGUGUACGUGUACUAG